AUGAUUUUAGGUGCUCCGGUGUCGAACAUUUUGUUUUUCCUGGAAUCUCUCUCUUCGUCUAUCCAAUCCCCCAAUGGUUUACCGGUAGCCUUGAGAACCAUCUCGGCCCAUCUCACAACAUCGAUACACCCCUUCAACAGCCGCUCAUCAUCAUCAUCAGCAGUAGCAUCGGCAGCAGCAGCAGCAUCAAUGAUGAGUUAUCCGCGUGUCCCAAAAGUGCACGUCCUUGCUGGCGACCAACUAUACCCUAUAACGGAACAAUGGCAGUUUGACCGAAUGAGGCGAUUGGGUGUCGACAUGUGUGACUGGGAUAGCAUCAACGGACGGCUUCUGCGCUACGACCCCCCCGCAGAGCUCCCCUACGAACCUGCGGUCGCCUCCGGCCUGGUGAGAGUCUUCAUCGACAUCACCAACCGCCCAGCCGUCCUUCCCCCCGGCUUCUGGGCCACCGAAAAGAUCCUCAUUGGCCCUAGUUGGGGCGUACCGGGCUGGGUUCCCUGGUUUCCGACAGACCCUCUGUUCCUGAGCAAUGAGAGAUCUCUUGGAGGACGUCCUGGGAAGUUCGACUACAUGCAGUGGUGUGGUACCUGUGGGAAGUGGCUCCUCGGACAGUUCUUCUUCGAGCACAUCGGCGCCCGCGAGGAUUCUCGCACCUGCAACCGGUGUGUCAUGCGAAGAGACCUCCGCAACCAGGUCUACGAUUCGAGGGACGCCUGGAUCGCGGCAAAGCAGCCGAUGAUGAUGUGGCUUUGCCCCUGUGAACCGGGCUACGACCACUAG